AGCUUAAAGCACAAAUAAUGUGGCAAAAAUUAAUGACGUGGCAACUAAGUAAAUUUUUAGAUAAGUUGGGUUGAGAUAACUUUAUUUUUUGGUGAGUUGCAUUUGGACAUAAAAAAAAUAAUGAGUUAACUUGACCUUAAUUCAAAUAGACUCGCCUAUUAAUUUUUGAACGGAAUGAACGAAUGGGAUAGGUUUGGGCUCAAAUUGACACCCGUUGGUAUAUCAGAUGUGAAGAGAAAACCAAAUUAAGCAAAGUAUGAAGAAAGGAGAGAAACGACAGAAGUUCCAUGAAGGCCUCCUUCGAAUGCUCUAUCCUCCUCCACCUUCACCUCCUCCCCAAGAAGAAAACGAUGAAAAGCCACUUCACAUUCUUGGUCAAGGCAUCAACUUGGAUCAAAUUCCAGAUGAAGUGGAAGACGAUAGGGGCUCUUCUUCCUCUGGCGAUCAAGCGUCUGAUCAUGGGCCUGAUGAGAAGCUCAGAAGGGCCCAGAGAAAGAGGCUUCGACGAAAGAAGCUUAAGGAAGCUGCCUCGCGCCGCCAGAAUAUAAUUGGGCCGUUGUUGCCUACCGCAGAGAAUGAUGGGAGGGGUGAAAAUGUGAGUACAACGGAAGAGAUCCAGAAUAUAAUUGGGCCGUUUUUUCCAACCGCAGAGAAUGAUGGGAAGGGUGAAAAUGUGAGUACAACAGAAGAGGAACCACAAGAUGUUCGACAAAAUGCCAAUGAGCCAGGUGAAGCAGACUCUUGCUCGAAACAAAACAGACUAAAACAAAGAAGAAUUGCUAAACGGUUGGUUGGUGGCAGCUCAAAAUCAACUAAGGAAGGCGACAAACCUUAAAAAUCCCCGUCCUUUUGCCAAGAGCUAAAGCUUGACGGAUUUCUUGUGAAAUGAAGGACCACUGGAACAGGCAGAAGUGUUGUUGUAACUGAUAAGAAGAAAUCAAAUUUGCUACUACUACUGACAAAAUUUCAAGAAGCAGGUUGGAUUAGUAUCUUUUCAAAAUAUCGAACACAGUUUUUAUUUUGAACUGUGUGGUUCAUGUUCGUGUACUUGUUGCAGUCUGCUGAUGUUUUCUUACUAGUUAAUUUAGUGCUUCAGUGUACUGUAGUACUGUAAAUAUUUAUCAAUUGAUUCAUUUUCUUUUAAUGACAUAACUUAAUGACACGUUGGAGAAGCCUUGUUUUAUGAAAUACUCAAGUUUGGAGAAAACCUGUUUCUGAGAA